UAGACCUCGGCAGGGGAGAGGGCGCAGCGGGACAGCGGCACAUGGUGAGAGGGGCCGAGAAUGAACACCCUCUGACUGUGGGGCAAGAGCAUGCUCAAGAGGACUAUCAGGGACUCCAUGGCUGAUGUGAUCUCAGUGCAGUAUUGGAUUGAGAGGUUCUCUUUAACUUGCAACAAGCCAGUGUCCCACCUGCAGCUUGCCUGCUGCCCAUCUCACUGUGCUGUGCCAUGGCAGGACAAGAAUAUAAGGGUUUACACCACCAACAACCUGGAGCCUCCAUUGGAACUCACUGGUCACCAUUAUGAAGUCUCUGCCAUGGUAUUUGGGAAAGUGAGAGAUCGUCUCAUCCUUUGUAGUGCUUCAGAAGAUUAUGUGAUUGUCUGGGACAUUGAUCGUUCCUACAAACAAAUCAAAGAGGGUGUAAUUGCCUCAGGUAGAAUUAUUGGCUCACUGCUUGGAAGGGUGGUUCAUCUGUCACUAUGUCCACAGAAUGCAAAAGUGGCUGCAUGCUCAGGUUCCAGAGUAUUUCUAUUGAAUGCUGAGAGAGAGGAAGUGCUUGGAUUGUUGAAAGGGCACCUUGGUCCUGUAACUGCCACAGAGUUCUGUCCAUGGGACUUAAAUGUCCUCAUUUCAAUCUCAGAGGACCGUACAUUUAAGGCAUGGGAUGUGAAGAAUGGGAAUAUGCUCUUUCAGUCUGCUGUGCUGUCAGCGUAUCCACUGCUUAGUCUGUUCUUCAUGGAACAAAACCGACAGCUCAUCACAGGGUCAAGUGAUGGUCAGCUUUGGAGCUACACUCUCCCUGCUGACCACAAAUGUUGCUUGGUGACAAAACUGGACCUUCUUAAGCUUGAACAGAAGAAUCAGAAAAUACACUGGAACAACAGCAAACCUCAAAGUGGAAAAGAUGGAACAUCUCCUAAUGAUGACAGAAUAACAGUGGAGACAGCAAAGCCAGUUCUGAUAAUCUGGGCUCAAAGACCGCAGUGCAACCAUGCUUGCAUGCAGCAGAGAGGAAGUUGUGUAUGGAUUGGCAGUUCUGACGGGCUGUACCUGCUUGACCUGGAUUCCUCGGAUCUUCUCAUGAUUCUUCCAUUCAAAGGUGACCAAAGUUUGAGUGUCUCAAUGGCAGGGUCAUGGGCCAUUUCUAAAGGACAUGGUGGCAAUAUGUGGUGUUUGGUGACCACUCUGUUUGAGCCCUCAGUCGUCCUUUUCGAGGUUAAUAGUGCUGGGCUGGAUGAUCUCUGCAUUAGUCUGGUUAAGAACUUCUAUGAGGCAGAUCAACUUUCAGUGGUGCCCAGCUCUCCUCUGAUGCCUACGUCUCCACUAAAUGCUGAGUUGACUAAACAAGGCCCAAAACCUCAAAGAAAAACAGGUGUAAGCUGUCAGAAGAGCAUGAAGGAUCAGGCCUUGGUUUUUCACACACAAGUGAAGUCAUCAGGAUACAAUGCAGCUCCUCAUAGGACAAUGUUUAAACCAAAAACCAACAUAAAGAAAAAAAGCAAUUCUCCAUCAAAAAGUAGCACAAAUGUGAAAGGCUUGUUAAGUGAGUAUCCAUCACACUCUGCAGCACCAAGUAUGCCUUGUACUCAUCUGGCUGUUUCCACAACUCCAACCACAAUCAGCUCUCUGCAGUACUCAGGAGAUGGAAAGCAGAUUGUGUGUGGUCUUGGAGACAGUUCAGUUUUGUUGUAUAACUCCUCACUCACCGGCAACCCAGCUGUCUAUUCAGGGCACAGUAAGGCUGUGAACUCUGUGUGCUGGAGUCAUUGUAAGCAGUGGUUUCUGACUACCUCUGAGGAACCCAGCAUUAACAUCUGGAGUACAAGUGCUGCUGAACCUGUUCUGACCAUGGGAGAUGAACAGUUUGCCAAGUCCAUCAGAAGUGCUCAGUUUUAUUAUCUGGAUAAGUUUUUACUGCUGGCAUCAGGAUCAAAUCUACUUCUGUACCUUUACCAUCUGGACACCACAAGAGAUGACAUAAAGAGAUAUAAGCAAAGGAGCAAGUCCAAACUGACAAACAAAUUCAGCAUGAAAUCAGAAACAGACAUCACCGCAGUUUCAGCCAUCAAUGACUUCUUCUCCUAUAUUGUCUUGGCUGCUGGUGCCGACCGCACCAUCCAGGUGUUUGAUAUGAACCGUGGCUGUGUGGCCAAUCAGAUCCCAGAUGCCCACUGUCGAGCUGUCCAUCACCUCACCCAGAACAAGGGGUCCCCAUUUUGCACACAGUCCCCGGAAUCAUACAAUCUGUUCCUGAGCAGUGCCGUGACAGACGGUCUAAAAUUGUGGGACCUACGCUCUGCAAGGUGUGUUCGUCGCUAUGAAAGUCACACUAACCGCUGUCAUCACUGCACUGCAGCCUUCUCACCCUGCGGACGCUUCAUUGCUACUGGCUCAGAGGACUAUUCUGCUUAUAUAUAUGACACACGGAGCAACAACUUUCCACUUAAGCUCCAAAGACAGUCUGAAACAGUCCUAAAUGUGGCUUUCAACCCUGCCAAACCAGAGCUGUUGACUGGAACGCUAGAUGGAAAACUGGCUUUGUUUCAUCCGUCCGAAUCCUCUCUUCUGCUUUAAGUAUGGGAUCUAUACAUCCCCAAAGGCCUUCUUCCGAGUCCACCGGUGCUGCACAUUCUGCCCAAUGAAAGUCUUAACUCAGUCAAUUUGAGAUUAUACUGCAGGCGUGCUACCUCUGUGGAACCUACAUCAUGGAUGGGAUGUGUGAUUUCAUCAUUUCCGCCACCAUUGACAACCUACAGAUGUGACAACCCACUCACGCCCUGAACUGUCGAGCCAAAGACACACCCUGAGAGAAAAGUCCAUGUGAUCUGUACAUUGCAACAUGUUCACAUGCUCUGAAACACUCACAAGUAUGCAGCAUUAUGAAGUCUGAACUAAUCUGAUAUACAAAAUCUUGUAAAUCCAUUUGGGGGUAAUAUAUGCAUUUACACUUUUUAUAUGAGAUAUAAUUUUAUAUGUACAUUGUGGAUGAGUCUGUGAUUCCACAUCUAAAAUGGUUCAUUUACGGGACUUUGCUGUCACUUUUUAUUUGUGUAGAAUAAAACAGCCCACUUUGUAGCAACAAGUGUGGGGCUACUUUUUGACUGAAAGAAAUACCAGUGCUUACAAGGCACUCAGAAAUAGUUUUUAAGUUUUAGGUAAGCUUAAGUUUUAGGCUUUAGUACCACUGAAAUGCUGCAUCAGAGCCAUUUUGACAGUGUAAGUGAGAUAGAAGAAUGUUUAAUGAUGGGUGGUGUCCACUACAACAGCUGGCAGCUUUUCUGCAUCAGUAACUCCCGUGAGAUAUUUCUGUUCUCUGCCCAUUUAGCAACUAACCUUUACAGACAACUGCAAUUAGAAAACAGCACCAGUUUAUAUUGAUUUUCCUCACAGUUAAUGUUAAACAUUUAAUAUAAAAAUGUAUGUAAAUAAUACUGUAUGUACGCAUUUAAGUGCCAAUAUAUGCAGCAUAUUCCAAUGUAUCAUUGAUUCUUGUAUACUUCCAUCUAAGUACCUCUGAGUCACCCUGCACAUGGCAGGUGAAACUUGUUCCUUAGAAGACAGUGUUCUGCCAUUAAAUAUUGUUUGAAUAAAGGGGGGAAAUAAAAUGUUCCUCUUCUGCGUUGCCCUAUUUACAUUUAAAGUCCACGAUCUUGUAUUUAGAGACAUAAGAGACACAUCAGAUUGUUACUCUGUUUAUAGUAAAGAAAUAUGGCAAGUAUAUAUAAAUAUACAGAACUGUGCAAAAGUCAUAGGUACAUAAGAUGCUUCACAAAAACAUUUGUCUUAAGAUGGUUAUUUAUAUUUUCAGCUUUAGUGUGUCAAUAGAAAAUUUACAUUUUAGACUUCCGAACAUUUCUUUUGCAACUAGAAUAGAAUAGAAGAACAGGGAGCCCUGCAACAGAUGGCAUGGUCCCCACAGAGCCCCCCACUGAAUAUUGAGUCAGUCUGGGAUUACAAGAAGAGACAGAAGAAAUUGAGACAGCCGAAAUAGAUAGAAGAACUGUGGCAAAUUCUCCAAGAAGCUUGGAACAUCCUAUCUGCCAACAACCAAGAAAAACUGUGUCCAGGUGUACCUAGGAGAAUUGGUGCUGUUUUGAAGGCAAAGGUGGUCUCACCAAAUAUUGAUUUAGCUUUUUUUAUGUUUACUGGACUUUGUAUGAUAUUAAUUGAUAAAUGAAAAUUAUUUAUGGCAUUAUUUUUGAAGACAUUCUCACUAUGUAAUAUUUUUCCCAAGUGCCUAAAACUUUUGCAAAAUACUGUGUAUGUAUAUAUAUAUAUAUAUAUAUAUAUAUAUAUAUAUAUAUAUAUAUAUAUAUAUAUACAUAUAUAUAAUUUAUAAUUGUGAAUGGAAACAAUUCAGCAGCUUUUUUUUUUUUUUCAUUAUCAUGAGUGAUUUUAGGAUCACUACUCAGGAG